GGUGGUGUGGAAAAACCUUUUUUUUAUUUUAUUUUAUUAUUUUUUUGUUUGGGUGGGAGAUUUAGGCCCAAACAUGGCUCCGCUCCCACGUGAUAUUAUUUGAGCAUAGAAAUAGACAAAAAGAGCAAUGCACCUGGACCCUGGUUACUGAUAAGUUUUGGUCAAACCCAUAUUGGACUGAACCCAUGAUACCAUGGAGCUGGCCCAUGUCUCCACCAGGCCUAGGCUUAUUCUUAUUUCUCUCUUCAAACCCAGCCCAAAUUCACAAACUUUAAUUUCAAGUCAAAGUCUCUGCAAAACUAAAAGCACCAUUGGAAACUUGUUGAGCUCGUUUAUGGACUCAUCGUCCUCUGAGAUGUCUCUUUCUUACCGGGACUACCUAACCCUUCUCCUUCUGCGUCCUCUCUUCGCAAUCGCAGUCGUUUUCUCGUUCAUCUCCGUUGGUUGGUGGUUGGCCUGGAAGCUGGUUUUGGUUCACGUUCCUCUGGUGCAAGAGAUUUUCGGGCUGCGGAAGAAGACCGUGAAGCCCAAACCCCAAACUGGUCGCUUUUCUAAAAUUUACAGCACCAUUGAAGCCCGCAAUUCGGCUUCUAAAUGAAAGAAAAGCAUUGGGUAAAUUGGGAAAGCAAACUUGGUAGCUUCUUGUGUGUUUGAAUGGUAAGGAAAUGCAGGGCACCAAGUUUAUUGUUUGAUGCAACAAACAAAUUGGCAUACCAAAUUUCAGGUGCUUGAAGAUUACGAGGUUAUGUUCCUUGUAUUUUCUCAGAUACAAAAUGUAAUUUAUCUGUGGGUUUCCCAAGUUGCAUUUUGUCAAGAUGUAUAAAUAUGAACAAAAUUCUGAAGCAAUGGAACCCAGCAUAAAUUUCAAAUGUGGGAUUUCACUUUUAUCAAAUAGUUUCUUCAAGUCAAAAGGAUCGAACAGCUUAUGAAGUUUCAAGUUCCUAAGGAAAUGAAAACCAGAACAACAAAAAUUGGCCGACAUAUUUAUCCUUGGACUCUCAGUUAACGGGUCAAUGAUGUCAUGCAUAUGAGAAUUAACAAUUUGGAAAUCAUCUUUAUGUAUAAGUUCAUAUACAAGAAGCAAUAUAAUGGUUGGGUUAUAACAAAAAAAAAAACUAUCGACAUCUGUGUAUACACAACUGAGAGACUAUGAUCUCUUGUCGGACAAUCUUGACCCUGUAUCAUCAAAUGUCCUGUGUUCGAAUUUUCCUCCUUCAAUAUCGCUUAUGCAAAAAAAAAGGGGGAAAUUACUCUUGUUGAACAAUAGUAAUUGUCUAUGAAAAAGAAAAGGUCAUGUUAAGUGGCCUCUCUAUUCCUACCUAGAAUGUAAAAAUGAAAUUUGAAAUUUGAAAAAUUAAAAAAGAAAUAGAGAGGAAAAAAAAAAGUUGUGAGGUCAGCGGAGGAGGGAAGAAGACCAUUUGUCUUACUAGAACGACGCCGUUCCCACUUGAGAGGCAAAACCCAUCUUCAACUUCAAAAACAAAAACUCAUUACUCAGUCUGUUUCUUUGUGUCUCUGAGCGCGCCGCUGAGCUUGGUUACCCAGACCUCAUCCAUUUGCGUUGCUUCUUACUUACUACUACUAGUGUUGUCAUUUUGUUAAGCAUUUCUUGCUUUCUUGCUAUGGAAAUUCUUCGAACUUCAUUGCUUCCUGGUAACCCCGUACUCAUUGAAAGCUCUCUCUCACAAAAACCCAACAAUUCCCACAAACCCAAGUUCAUAUUUCAAGCUUCCAUAGACACAACCAACGGUUCUACUGGCACCACACUCUCAAACCAAGCAAACCCACAAACCCAUGUCUCUUUUGCCUCCAAAAAGACCACCAAGCUCAGCAAUAACCCAAGAGCUGGAACCAAUUCUGAAAUUGGUCAUUGCAUUUCUUUACUAAAGAGUAACCCUGUGUGUGACUGUAGACAGAUUCAUGCUCAAGCUCUGAAGUUGAACGCUUUUGAAGAGAAUGGUUGGAUUGGAAACAAGCUUGCUAUGCUAUACUCGAAGAAUAAGGAGUUCUUAGACUAUGCCCGUAAGUUGUUCAACGAUAUUCCCAAGCGAAAGAUUCCCGUUUACGCAUCGUUGAUAAGUGCUUAUUGUCGGUCAGAGCAGUGGGACGACCUGUUUUUGGUGUUUAGGUUGAUGGUUGAUGAAGGCAUGUUACCUGAUAAAUAUGUUGUACCUACAGUUCUGAAAGCGUGUGCUCUGGUGCGGAUGUUAAGGACUGGUAAAAUGAUUCACGGGUUUGUGAUAAGGAUGGGUAUGAACUCUGAUGUUUUUGUUGGGAAUGCGCUUAUUGAUUUUUAUGCCAACUGUGGGGACUUUGGAUUUGCAUUAAGUGUGUUUGAUGCCAUGGGGGAAAGAGAUGUAGUUUCAUGGACUGCCCUUGUUUCUGCUUUCAUGAAUGAAGGCCUUUUUGAAGAGGCAAUUGAGGUUUUCAAGUCCAUGCAGCUGAACGGGGUCAAGCCUGAUUUGAUUUCUUGGAAUGCACUUGUAUCGGGGUUUGCACACAAUGGAGAGAUUGAUUUAGCUCUUCAAUAUUUGGAAGCAAUGCAAGAAGAAGGGUUGAGGCCGAGGGCUAAUACUUGGAAUGGAAUCAUUUCGGGUUGUAUUCAGAAUGAGUAUUUUGAGGGUGCUUUGGAUGCAUUCUAUAAUAUGUUAUGUUUCCCCGAGGAUCCAAAUUUUGUUACAAUUGCAAGCAUUUUACCAGCUUGUGCAGGCCUAAAAGAUUUAAACUUAGGCAGGGCUGUUCAUGGGUUUGCUCUGAAGCGUCAGCUUUGUGGAAACAUGCACGUGGAAGGUUCGUUAAUUGAUGUGUAUUCAAAAUGUGGGAUGAAAGAUUACGCAGAGAAUAUCUUUUCCAAGGCAGAGAACAAAAGUAUUGCUAUGUGGAAUGAGAUGAUUGCAGUUUAUGUAAAUGCAGGAGACGCAAAGAAGGGAUUAGAGCUUCUUAGAGUAAUGCAUCAUGGCGGCUUAAAACCUGACGUGGUAUCUUAUAACACAAUAUUGGCUGGCCAUGCCAGAAAUGGGCAAAUAAAUGAGGCAUAUGAGUUGUUUUAUGAGAUGGUCCGGAUGGAGUUGAAGCCAAAUAUUAUUUCUUUCAACGUUUUGAUUUCUGGUUUUCAACAAUUUGGGCUUAGUUUUGAAGCUUUGAAAUUGUUCCAGACCAUGCAAUCCCCAUUGAAUGGUUGCAUGGGUAAUGAUGUGCUCCAUGAGUCAACCCAACCAAACUCCAUUACUAUUGCUGGUGCUCUUGCAGCUUGUGCUGAUCUGAAUCUACUAUGCCAAGGGAAGCAAAUCCAUGGAUACGCGUUAAAGAAUGACUUUGAGCCUAAUAUCUAUAUCUCAAGCGCAUUGGUUGACAUGUAUUCAAAAUGUCUUGAUAUUGUUUCAGCGACUAAAGUAUUCAGGAGAACUGAAGAUAGAAACACAAUCUGUUGGAAUACUUUGAUUGCAGGCCAUGUCCACAACAUGCAGCUGGACCGAGCUCUUGAACUUUUCUGUGAAAUGCUGGAAGAAGGUCUUGGACCAAGCUCUAUUACGCUUAUGAUACUUCUCCUCACUUGUGGUGAUAUGGAAGCUCUGAGAUUUGGAAGAGAAUUACAUGGCCAUAUCAUAAAGAGUAAGCUCGAUCAAUCUAAUUAUGCCCUUACAAGUGCCUUGAUAGGCAUGUAUGCUAAGUGUGGUAGAAUCAAGGAUGCCAAAUCGCUGUUUGACUUUGAAGUUAAAAAAGAUGCUUCUGUAUGGAAUUCCAUGCUAUCUGCUAAUUCGACUAAUGGAAUGGCCAAGAGGGCCAUUGCCUUGUUUGGAGAGAUGGAGUUAGCAGCGCCUGUGCCUGAGAUAUAACUUGAGCUUGUGAUCAUGAUAGCUUAGUGGAAGAAGGAUAAAAAUGUCUCAAAUAAUUAAAUAAUAAGUUUUGUGCUCUUUAUGGUGCUAUAUGAGCUUCUCUUUUUGGCAUGUGGAUUGUUGGUUAUUCGGGUAGUGCCAGUUUACUUGAUGAGGCUCUUGACUUCAUCAGACAAAUGCCCGUGUACCUGAUGCUUUUAUACAAGCUACUCUUCUACUAGCUUGUGGAGUCAGGAGUCAAUUGAAAUCCAAAUAUUGUAGAAUGGGCUGCAACAUAUUUUGUUUCAAACUCAAACCAAAUAAUGUUCUCAGUGAUGUGUUUCUCUCCACUAUUGGUCGCUUUUGGGAUGUGGGAAUCCAUGCAGAACUUGAGGACUUUCAUGGAGGAUUGCAAUUUGAUGACUCUAAAAGAGUGAAGCUUUAUAGACGUGGAUACUAAUUGCAUACAUUUGAGGGGACAUAUCACAUUCCAAGUUGGAGGAAACCGUAGAAACAUGGGAGAGGUCAACUGGAAAAUUGGAGGGUGGUGGGUGACUUCCCCAUAGUCAUGUUUUGGAGAACAAAAAAUGAGCUGAUGAGAACGUUCCCUUUGUCUUGCUUGCACACUGAAAGUUUGUUGACAACAUCUCAUUCAGAUGCUAAUUUACAUAUCUAAGAAUUUGUUGUCUCUACUGCCAUAGAUCAGCCAAAGUUGUAUAAGAUUGAUGAGUGGGUGAUCUUUAUGCUUCUAUCACCAUAUGAAGGAUGAGAUGUGUAGAUGCCAAGUUUACCCAAAUCGUAAAUUUUGGAAGUCACUUCCCGACAGUGAUGACAUCAGAGCUGGAGUUAAAAGAGCCUAUGAAGAAUUUUUUGUCUAAGUCUCUAAAUGCCAAACUAGCAAAAACAUUUGAGUAGCCACAAUCUCGUUUCCUUCCAAAUUGAACUUGCUGUUUGAUCAAGGGAGAAUUCUUCUGCAUCAUGUGCCACAAACAACCAGAAAAGGAAAGUGGUUUUGGUUAUUUUUAUUCCUACAAAGUUGCCGAAAAUGUGACCUACCAAGUUGGCUCUUGAGGAGAUCUUUGAAUGUAGCAUGUAACAGGUUGUAAGGUCAGCGCAUAUAUCCACUAGGAGGCACUCAUCAUGACUUUCUCCCAGUCUUUGGAAGGUGUUGAUGUCCCUGAAGAAGCAAGACCACAGAAAAGGUAGUGUAGGCUUUGCUGCUGGGGAUAAUCUUACAUUACUCCUAUGGUCAAGAACUAUUUGCAGGCUGAAGCAAAAUAUUUAUUUAUGCUCUCGCAUUUAUCGGUAGCUCUACUGUUU